GGGAAACAACGCUCGUCGCAGUACCGCGGCGUGACGAAGCACAAGCGGAGCGGACGAUGGGAGGCGCACAUCUGGGUGAAAGAGACCGGGAAACAGAUGUACUUGGGGGGAUACGACACAGAGGAGCACGCCGCGGAGGCGUACGACGUCGCGGCGAUGAAAUGCAAGGGCGGCGCGGGGAACAACGGCACGAGGAAAGUGCGAUUGAAUUUUCCCGCGGCGAAGUACGCGGAGCUGAGCUCGUUCAUGGCGUCCGUCAGCCUGGAGGAGCUCGUGAUGGCGAUUCGCAGGCAGAGUCAAGGGUUCGCGCGCGGGUCUUCGGGGUUCCGAGGCGUCACGCACCACCCGAACGGGCGAUGGGAGGCGCGAAUCGGCAUGCCCGGGUCGAAGCACAUCUACCUCGGCUUGUACAACGAAGAAGCUGCGGCCGCGCGAGCGUACGACCGCGCGCUGGUUCGACUGCGAGGCCCUGGCGCUGCGACCAACUACGCUUUGGUUUUCUAC